UGUUAGUCACAGGACCACUAGUUGAAACAGUAGUAGUGCUAGUCACAGGCCCACUAGGCGAAACAAUAGUAGUGCUAGUCACAGGACCACUAGUUGAAACCGUAGUAGUGCUAGUCACAGGACCACUAGUUGAAACCGUAGUAGUGCUAGUCACAGGACCACUAGUUGAAACAGUAUUGGUGCUAGUCACAGGACCACUAGUUGAAACAGUAUUAGUGCUAGUCACAGGACCACUAGUUGAAACCGUAGUAGUGCUAGUCACAGGACCACUAGUUGAAACAGUAUUAGUGCUAGUCACGGGACCACUAGUUGAAACAGUAUUAGUGCUAGUCACAGGACCACUAGUUGAAACCGUAGUAGUGCUAGUCACAGGACCACUAGUUAAAACCGUAGUAGUGCUAGUCACAGGUCCACUAGUUGAGGCGGUAGUAGUGCUAGUUACAGGACCACUAGUUGAAACAGUAGUAGUGCUAGUCACAGGACCACUAGUUGAAACCGUAGUGGUGCUGGUCACAGGACCGCUACUUGAGGCGGUAGUAGUAGUCACAGGACCACUAGUUGAGGCAGUAGUAGUGGUAGUCACAGGACCACGUAGUA